GAAAUUUCUUCUUUCAUAUCGCUAAUUUUUUGUUCUGUUUUGUACCAAAACUGUGAAUUUAUUGUGAAAAUUAAAUAAAAUUUCCUCAAAAUCGUGAAAAUAUAGCAGGAUAAUUUGAGUAAAAAUCCGACGGACGAUUUCUCACUCCAAUAUACUAAGGACACGAUAAAAUAAUGCACAUAACAGGAAAGGAAUGUCGCAAUUAUUUAUUACAAAGGAAAAAUUUGCCUAUUCGUACUGUUCCGGCCUUUACUUAUCAAGCACUCCAGAAGAACACAAUGGUUGAACCACCACCAAAAAUCUAUAUAUACAAGAAGCGGCCUGUUAAGGAAACACUCUUUAAAAUGUAUUUUCGGCGUGGUGACAUCCCGGUAGCUAAAAGAAUUAAAGGAAGUGGAAAGGGUAUUUCAGGAACAGUGAAAUGGUUUUGUGAACCAAAGGAACUUGACUAUUGCUACUAUUUGCCAAUAUUUGUGGAUGGUCUAGCGGAUACUGACAUAGACAUACGUUCACUUGCUCAAGAAGCUGCGAUGGAUUUAAUCCUCAAAGCGCCGCAUAAAAUUUUACCAGUUCUGCCCAAACUGAUACUUCCGUUCAAAAGAGCAUUCAACACUCGUGAUAAACGAAUAAUAAUAUCAGCGCUAAAAGUCUUGCAAACUAUGGUUCUGGUUGGGCCUUGCGUUGGACAAGCUCUCGUUCCAUACUACCGGCAGCUGUUGGCCGUAUGUAAUUUAUAUAAGAACAUUAAUGUCAACCUCGGUUCUGGUGUUGAUCCUGAUCGUAGUCGUCGCAUCGGCGAUGUUAUCGAAGAUACUCUCUCUUUGCUUGAAACAUGUGGAGGGCCCAAUGCAUUUAUCAACAUAAAGUAUAUGAUUCCAACUUAUGAGAGUAGCACCCAUCCCAUAUGUGAGCCGUCGGCAGAAAAACCUGGUGCUUAAAGCAUAAAAUAUAAUUAGAGAUAGAUUUUUAUAGUACAAUAAUGUAGGUUACGAGAGAGCAAGAAGUUAAGCCAUUUUUAAAAUAAUAAUUUGUAUUUUAUAUUUUAUUAAUGGCUUAUAUAUUUGCUUACUCCUGAACAGUUAAAAUAUAUAUCUAGCGCGACAUUAUAUUUUAUAUAUAAACAUUUAGAGCGGUUUUUGUC